ACAGAAUUCCAAAUGUUUUGAUAAAGUCAUAUGCUUCCAUAACAAGAAUUCCACCUAAUUUAUGGUCUUUUUUUACAAGUAUAUUCUAUGGAGGUGCAAGACUUCCUAGAUUAUUGAAAAUUUAUAAAGGAAAGAAAAGUUUAUUGUUCGAUGAGAACUCAAGUUUUAAUAAAGUAUUAAGUUGGACGGAUGAAAUUAAUAUUUCUGAUAUUGCAAUUCCACGUAAAGCUUAUGGUGUCACUCUUAACGAUGUUAUGUUAACGAUAAUUUCGCGUGCAAUAUGUAAAUAUUUUAUUGAGGUAGAUCGUCUUUUGGAUAAAAAAUUAAUGCUUUUUACACCCAUUUCUUUUCGAAGAACCAAAGAUUGGAAAUGUAACAAUGAGUAUGCAAAAAUGACCAUGAAAGAAACACUUAAAUAUGUUCACAAGAAAAUGAACAGAUUAAAACGAAGCAAUUUUGCUUCAUUGCAAUACCUUAUGAUAAAAUAUUGUCCAUAUCGAAAUUUAUUUCGACCUAUUAUGCCAACUAUUGGACAUGGUGUUAGCACAAAUGUUCCUGGACCAUUUCAUACGUUAACAAUAGCUAAUCAGAAAAUAACCAAAUUUAUUGCGAUUCCACCACAAAAUGGUCCAGGAGGAUUCGGGAUAGGGAUUUUAAGUUAUGCUGGUAAAAUUACAGUUUCAGUAUAUAACAACAUAAUGCCAGAUUAUCCUAAUAUUGCAUCUAGGGUAGCUAAAUUAAUCAAUAGUGGAUUUAAUGAAUUAUUGUCAGAAGCACGAAAAGAUUUGGGAAUCGACUUAAAUGAAGAAUGA